AAGCUCCCUGCGGCGGCCAUGUUGGCUCAGGUGUCGACCUGUCUCCACCUGUCGCUGCCGACCUAACUCCUCCUCUGCUCUUCCUGCUUCCUUCUUCCACCACCGGGCCGGGAAAAAGGUCCUUGGUCCUCGUGGAAAAUGUCCUAUGCACACCACAAGCUGCUCACCUGGAGCUUACCUCACCUCCUCCUCCUCCCGCUGAUCUACCUCUGGCUCCUGGCUCCGCCCACAGGUGUGUCGGCAGAUCUGUGCCGGGUCACCGGUGGGGUUCUGGGGAUCCACUGGACCAGCGUCCUCGGCCUGGGCUGGUACCCGCUGGCGGUCGGGCGAGGCGGUGCCACCUGCUGGGAGUCGUGCUGCAUGGAGCCCAAAUGUAGCGCCGUGUGGAGCCUCGGGGGGCGCUGUGUUCUCCUCAGCUGCUCCCUGAGGAGGAGCUGCUCCAUCUCCUCACUGCCCCAGCCCAACGAGGAGUCGCUGGGCCUCCUGCAGCUCCUCACCAAGGGUCCCGUCAGAAUGAGACGUAGGAAACCUCGUCAUGCAGCCCACGGUGGAAACCACAGAGCAAACACUGGACCGGCUACCAGCACGGAGACCUCCAGGCUGGAAACCUCUCCCCCGACCCCGGCAGCGUCCAGCCCCAUCACACUUCUCCAGACAUCCCAGAAUAACCACAGCCAGCCGGCCAAUGGGAGCUCAGACGUGGUUCCUGCUGCCCAGCAGAACUUUACGGCUGACGCCUCCUCUGAAGCUGCGUCUUCCAACAGCAGCGGCGGCAGCUCACCGACGGAGGCUAACGCUGCGGCUAACGCUGAGGCUAACGCUGAGGCUAACGCUGAGGCUAACACUGCCACCACGGCUCCGACUCAGGCUGUGAAGGAGCUGGUGGUGUCGGCAGGCGUGAGCGUCGAGGUAACGCUGCCCAGAAACGAGGUUGAACUCAACGCCUUUGUGGUCCCUCCACCUCCGUCAGGGACCAACUAUGCAUUCGACUGGCGUCUGAUAACUCAUCCCAAAGAUUACAGCGGGGUGAUGGAGGGGAAGCACAGCAAGACACUGAAGCUCAGCAAGCUGACGGUGGGUCUGUAUGAGUUCGAGGUGACGGUGGACGGAGACGGAGCUUACGGAGAAGGUUACGUUAACGUCACCGUUAAACCAGAGCCGCGGGUAAACAAGCCUCCCGUCGCCGUGGUUUCCCCAAAGUUCCAGGAGAUCUCGUUACCGACGAGCUCGACGGUGAUCGACGGCAGCCAGAGCACCGACGACGAUAAGGUGGUGUCGUGGCACUGGGAGGAAGUGAAAGGUCCUCUGAGGGAGGAGAAGGUCUCUGCUGACACCCAGGUCCUCACCCUGACCAGCCUGGUGCCGGGAAACUACACCUUCAAUCUGACGGUGACCGACUCAGACGGAGCCACUAACUGGACUCUGGCCACCCUCUCCGUCAACAAAGCCAAGGACUACCGGCCGGUGGCCAACGCCGGCCCCAACCAGGUCAUCCAGCUGCCCCGGAACCACAUCAGUCUCUACGGCAACCAGAGCACCGACGACCACGACUCGCUGUCCUACGAGUGGUCGCUGAGCCCGGAGAGCAAAGACAAAGUGGUGGAGAUGCAGGGCGUCAGGACGCCCAUCCUGCAGCUGUCGGCCAUGCAGGAGGGAGACUACACCUUCCAGCUGACGGUGACGGACUCGUCCGGACAGCAGGACACGGCUCAGGUCACCGUCAUCGUACAGCCCGAAAACAAUAAACCUCCAUCAGCGGACGCCGGACCAGAGAAGGAGCUGACGCUGCCCGUGGACAGAACCACGCUGGACGGCAGUAAGAGCAGCGACGACCAGAAGAUAGCCACGUACCACUGGAAGAAGACCAGCGGUCCUGACGGUGUGAAGAUUGAAAACGCAGACAGUGCUGUUGCCACGGUGACGGGUCUGGAGGUCGGUACAUACGAAUUCACCCUGACGGUGACGGACGACAGGAAGCUGGAGGACAGCGACACGGUGACGGUCAUCGUCAAGGAAGAGGUGGACCAUCCUCCGGUGGCUCAUGUCGUGUCGAGUCCGGCCGUCGUUCUUCCCGUCAGGACGGCCACCCUGGACGGAUCCCACUCCACAGACGAUAAGGGUGGAGUGAGCUACCUGUGGACCAGAGAGGACAGCAGUCCUGCUGCUGGGGAUGUGCUGAACAACUCUGACCACCAGGCGGUGCUGUUUCUGGGAAACCUGGUGGAGGGAAAGUACAGCUUCACCUUGACAGUAACGGACAGUAAAGGACAAAGCAGCAGCGACAGAGGAACCGUGGAGGUCAAAGCAGACCUGUGGGAGCGUGACCUGGUGGAGCUGGUGCUGGAGGUGUCGGUGUCCCAGGUGUCCCACCGCCAGCGGGACAUGCUGCUGCGACAGGUGGGCGUCCUACUGGGCGUGCUCGACAGCGACAUCAUCGUACGAGAGAUCAGCGCUUUCAACGAGCACAGCACUCGUUUGGUCUUCCUGGUGUCAGGCGGUCAGGGGCGCCCUCCUCUGUCCGGUCGCAGCGUUGCACUCGGCCUCCGCAACAAGCUACGCAAACAGAAGAACGACUUCCUGAUCUACAAGGCCCGACGAGUCGAUACCGUCAUCUGUCAGCUGAACUGUUCCAGUCAUGGAGAAUGCGACUCGUUCACCCGCCGCUGCGUCUGUCAUCCUUUCUGGAUGGAGAAUUUCAUCAGAGCUCAGCUGGGAGACGCAGAGAGCAACUGUGAGUGGAGCGUUCUCUACGUCACCAUCGCCUCCUUCAUGAUGGUGGUUGCCGUGGCGACGCUGGUCUGGGGUACCGUGUGCUGCUGCAACAGGAGGAAGAGCAAAGUGAGGAGAAGCAAAAGCAGAUAUAAAAUCCUGGAGGACGAGCAGGACAGUCUGGAGCUGCAGCCGCCCAGAGCGGCCCGUCUGAAGCCGGUUCCUGCUCCCACCUCCUCGGCCCUCAUGCACUCAGACUCGGACCUGGACAGCGAGGACGGUCAGGGCGGCGUUCCGUGGACGGAGCAGGAGCGAGGCCAGCUGCUGAGGCCCCAGAACGGGUCCCUGAGGAACGGCCAGGGUCCGGCCCGACCCAAGAAGCAACGAGAGGAGCUGCUAUAGCAGGACAGGAGGAGGAGAACCUCAGCCCUCCAUCCCUGAAGACCUGAGCAGCAGGAGGGGAGACCUCCUGGACCGGACCUGCUGCAUCUGAGCCACCAGAACUCAGGCUUCAGACCAGAUCCCUGAAAUCCACCAGACCUGAGGAAUGUACUGCUGAAGAACUUCAACACCAGCCUCUGUAGACACGCAUGUUCACAGCAACACGCCACCGCUCCAGGUGGACCAAUCAAACACUGCCAUGUUCAACCACCGGUCAGAGGAGGAACCGCACCUCCUCCUGGACCUCCUCCUGGGCCUCUGAGCCGGCUGCAUGUUCUACGUGGGCUCUGUGAGGACUUUGUGGCUGCGGUGCUCAAACAGUUUGUGUGUUUUAUGUGAUUUUAACCCACAGAGACGUUUAGAAGAACCUGGAGGCUGCAGGAGUCACUGGAACACUGGAAGAACAUGGAGCUCCUCAUCCUGAUGCUUGAAGCACCACCACUGACUUCCUGUGACUAGACGAUGACUCGAUGACUAGACGAUGACUAGACGAUGACUCGAUGACUAGACGAUGACUAAAUGACUAGACGAUGACUAGACGAUGACUUAGACGAUGACUAGACGAUGACUAGAUGACUAGACGAUGACUAGAUGACUAGACGAUGACUAGACGAUGACUAGACGAUGACUAGACGAUGACUUAGACGAUGACUAGACGAUGACUAGAUGACUAGACGAUGACUAGAUGACUAGACGAUGACUAGACGAUGACUAGACGAUGACUAGACGAUGACUAGAUGACUAGACGAUGACUAGACGAUGACUAGAUGACUAGACGAUGACUAGACGAUGACUUAGACGAUGACUAGACUCCUCUGUGAACUUUGAUUGAACUCAUCUCGUGUCUGAAGGAGUCGUCUGCGAUGGUUGAAGGUUGAGCCAUAAAAAUGCUGCAUCCACAGUUUAUUUUCUGGAGGAAACGUCCAGAACCUCCUUUAGUGGUUUUAAUGAAUCCUGGACUUUAGUCUGAAUCUCUUAAUUCUCUGUUCAGUCGUUUUGUCUCUGAACUCUGUUUGUUGAAGGAUGGAUUCACAGUUUUAUUUUCAGGGGCUAAACCAGCAGUUUAACAGGUUUCAGUGGCUGCAGCUUUUCUUCUUCUGCUCAUAGCGGCUGAUAAACCUCUGAACUCUGCAGAUUCAGUUUAACUCAGCGUGGUUCAUUUUUAAUCUGAACUCCUGCAGCUCUGCAGAAACACAAUGAAGGAGAACCGUCUUCUGUCAGAAGGACUCAGAAUGACAGAAAUAGGAAAAAAUACACAUUUAUUUGGUUAUUUAUUGUAAUUUACUAAAUAAUGUGAAAUCUCAAAUGUCAAAGUUGCUCAAAAUUUUUCCAGAAUGACUCAGAAUUUUUCAUAAAUGAUGAAAAAUGUCCAAAAUGACUAAAAAUGCUAAAAAAGUUCUUAGUCUGUCCAAGAUGACCUGAAAGCAGAUGGAAAUCUAUCAGAAAUUUGUCCAAAAUGACUCAAAAAGUUCACAAAAUGCCUUAAAUCUGUCCAAAAUAUCUCCAAAUGUUUUUAAAAACCAUCAAAUCUGUGCAAAAUGACUAAAAAUGCGUCCUCAGUGACCACAAUUCAUCCAAAACAACUCAAAGUUUUCCCAAAAUGACCUAAAUCUGUCCAAAACGGCAAAAAAUGCCUUGAAAUCUGUGCAAAGGACAAAAAUGAUUGAUUUGAAGACGUGGAAUGUGAAGAGACUCUUUGGUAACGUCACACUUUAACUGGAGUUCAUUUAAAGUCCUGCAGCUCUGAGGAACCAGAAUGAAGAAGAGACGAUCAGAAAGAUGUGGAAAGACACAAAUGAGAAAAACACUGAAAAAUACAUCAGAUCAGCAAAUGCAACCUGCUUCUACAAGUCCUCAGAUGGUAGAAGAACAAAUGUUGGCUCCACAUGUUGGAGAUGUUUAGCUCCACUUUCUGUUUGUUGAACUCGUCCUGCAGUUCAAAACUCUGAUUUCUGUCUUCUGACUGUAGAUCUCAGCUGAGUCCCUGAAGGAACACAGAAUUUUUAGUUUUUUACAGAAUCAGGUCUGAAUCAAGGGUUUAUUUUUGGUGAAUAUUUAAACUUCAUGUCCAGGAAGCUGAAGAUCAGAUGAUUCUUCCUCACAGUUUGGUUUUUAUUCCAAAGAUGAUCCAGUUUCAAACCUGCUGGCAGGUUUCAGGGUUCAGAGGUUUGGAGGUCAAACAAACAAAAACAAACACUGAGAGAGGUCUGAAGAAACAGAAACAGGAUGUUGAGUUACCAUGACGACACCACUGGACUCCGCCCACCGGCUGCUCUGCUGCAUGCGCUGCAGACUGAUGGAGGCGGAGCUUGUUCUGCAUCAGUUUCCAGCAGAUUGAGAAACUGAUGCAUAAACCUGUGAAAUGACGACAGUGUUCAGCUGCUGCUCGUGAUCAUAACUGUGAGGAGAUAUUUUAAUAUGUUUGACUGAUUUUUUAGUAAAAACAGUGAAUCCAUCCUUUCAAACUGACACCAGUAGGAGCAAAUCUGUGGAACCAGAGUGAAAUCUGUAACAAUAAACCCAAUAGGUGUCUAAAAUUAACCAUCAUUUGUCAAAAUUACCCAAUAAUUGUCUAAAAUUAUCUAUAGUUUGUCAGAAGUACUCAAUAAUUGUCCCAAAUUAACCAGAAUUCAUCAAUAUCACUCCAUAAUUGUCUACAAUUAACCAUAAUUUGUCAGAAUUAUUCAAUAAUUGUUCAAAAUUAACCAGAAUUCAUCAAAUUUACUCAAUAAUUCUGCAAAAUAAACCAUAAUAUGACAAAAGUACUCAAUGAUUGUUCCAAGUUAUUCAAUGAUUGUUCCAAAUUAACAUAAUUUGUCAAAUUUACUCAAUAAUUGUCCAAAAUAAACCUAAAUUUGUCAAAAUUAACCAAUAUUUGUCCAAAUAUUUUCCCCACAUUAACCAUAAUUUGUCAAAUUGUCUUAAUAAUUGUUCAAAAUUAACCAAACUUUGCCAAAAUUGCUCAAUAACUAUCUAAAAUACACCAUAAUAUGUCAAAAUUACUCAAGAAUUGUCUAAAAUGAACCAUAAUGUUCCUAAACUGAAUCAACUUAAUUUCCCUUUGACUGAAUAAAACGGGGUUUUGGUGUCAUUUUCUUUCACAGCGAUCAUUUCACUGAUUCCACAGAUUCCCUCUGAUGGUUCCAGUUUAGAGAUGGAGCUUCACUAAAAUCUUCUGGACUUCCUCUACGUUUGGAGUCCAGACGGUUUGUUGGGGGCGGAGCUUCACUAAAAUCUUCUGGACUUCCUCUACGUUUGGAGUCCAGACACGUCAUUGGUCCAGACGGUUUGUUGGGGGGCGGAGCUUCACUAAAAUCUUCUGGACUUCCUCUACGUUUGGAGUCCAGACACGUCAUUGGUCCAGACGGUUUGUUGGGGGGCGGAGCUUCACUAAAAUCUUCUGGACUUCCUCUACGUUUGGAGUCCAGACGGUUUGUUGGGGGCGGAGCUUCACUAAAAUCUUCUGGACUUCCUCUACGUUUGGAGUCCAGACGGUUUGUUGGGGGGCGGAGCUUCACUAAAAUCUUCUGGACUUCCUCUACGUUUGGAGUCCAGACGGUUUGUUGGGGGCGGAGCUUCACUAAAAUCUUCUGGACUUCCUCUACGUUUGGAGUCCAGACACGUCAUUGGUCCAGACGGUUUGUUGGGGGGCGGAGCUUCACUAAAAUCUUCUGGACUUCCUCUACGUUUGGAGUCCAGACGGUUUGUUGGGGGGCGGAGCUUCAUCUGAGCUUCUUUGUUCUUUCACUGCAUGCAGAAUGUGAAUCCACCUUUCUGAGCCACUCUUUCUGUGUUGCUUCAGAGAAACACAUCUAACGUUCUGUUCCUUUUUUAAACGUCUUUCUGAUUAUUUGUCCUGAGGCAAACCAAACGCAGCGCCACCUAGUGCCACCCUGUAGAGUCUGUCUUCUGAUUGUUUCUGCUCGUUUAGCGACACUAAUCCAGCUUCUCUUCUUCCGUUUGCACCAUCCUGGAUCUCUGGAAGUGACUUGACCUCGACUCGCUGAGUCCACUGUGAAGGCAGACGGAGAACGUGUGAAUGAAGGGCUUUGAUUGGUUUCUGGUUUUAAAUCAAGUUUUAGUGAAGGAUCUCCCCUUCCUUUGUGUCUGUGACCUGAUGCCACUGGAUCAUCUGUAAAUUCAAAUAAAAUGUUUUGCUUUGUUCA